AUGAAAGAAGAGAAGCGAAUCAUAGGGUGGGAUGAACUAUCAAAUCAUUGUAAUCGUACAUCACUUUGGGUUGUGAUUGAGGGCUAAGUGUUUGAUGUAACAACAUAUUUGGCAGAACAUCCAGGAGGCGAUGAUAUUCUGCUUAAAUAUGGUGGAUUGGAUGGGACUUAGAAAUUUCUAGAGGUGAACCAUUCAAAUUAUGCUCGCUCCCUCAGAAAUGCUAGAUUAGUUGGAACACUUACCUCAGAUCCAUAACCAAGUGAUUACAUAAAACAAGUGAAAUCUCAGAAACAAAAAGCUAAUGUAAAUCCAAAUAGUUAGAUUUCAUGGGAAGAAUUAGCACUGCAUAAUAAAAAAGGAAGACUUAUGGAUGGUUAUAGAAGGCAAAAUGAACAUCCAGGUGGUCCCGCAAUCUUGUUGGGAAAAGCUGGUGAUGAUGCCACCACUGCAUUCCAUGAUGCCAAUCAUUCUCAGAGUGCUUACAAAUAAUUAGAAAAAUUAUAAGUGGGUGUGAUAACAGGAGUAAAACCAAAUGUGAGUGGAAGUGGAACAAGCACAAAUUUAAUAUUUUUUAUUCUUUUGAUUUUGGCUAUAGGGGCAGGAAUUUAUGUGAUUACAAAAUGAAUCUGUACAUAAUCAUAAAUUAUAAUAUAAUAUUCUUAUUAAUUUUA